GUAUUUUUAACACAAAGUGAUUUUGGCACCUGCAGAAAGUAGCCACCAACUUGUGCUUCAUGCCAAGCAGUCUGAAGCCAUGUCCGGUGAUCAGAAAGUGCUGUUAAAAGGGCAUUCGUCUCAGUAUGUCAAGCUGAAUGUUGGUGGUCGCUUAUAUUAUACUACAAUCGGAACACUGACGAAGCAUAAUGAUACAAUGCUAAGCGCUAUGUUUAGUGGUCGCAUGGAGGUGCUAACUGAUUCAGAAGGUUGGAUACUAAUAGAUCGCUGUGGAAACCAUUUUGGAAUCAUACUCAACUUCUUGCGCGAUGGCAGUGUCCCAUUACCCGAAACUAACAAAGAAAUAGCUGAGCUACUUGCAGAAUCAAAAUACUACUGCAUUACCGAGCUUGCAUUGUCAUGUGAACGGGCACUAUAUGCACACAUUGAGCCAAAACCUAUUUGCCGCAUUCCAUUGAUAACUUCGCAAAAAGAGCAACAUCUUCUAAUCAGCGCGUCUUCGAAACCGGCUGUUAUUUUAGUGGUGCAGCGACAAAACAACAAGUAUUCAUACACAAGCACAUCCGAUGACAAUUUAUUAAAAAAUAUUGAACUUUUCGACAAGCUCUCUCUGCGUUUCAACAAAAAAAUUUUAUUUUUAACACAAAAAUUUUGUUAUUUUUAUAACCGAAACUAA